AUGAGCCCAGUUGGCGUGAUUUCCAAGGUGACAACACCUACUGAUCAGUACAACGAUCAGAAGAAAGUAGUGAAUUUAUCAUCACUUUCUUUUGAUCCUGAGACCGCCACGCUCCUGAAGAAAGAACUCAACUUUGCACUUCAAAAUGACAGAAGCCUUCUAGAAGACAUCUUGGUGGAGGGUAUCUAUAUUUCCGACAAGUUCCCUGAGGAGACAAAACGGGACAUGGAGAUGAAACCUAUUCCAAGGAUCUUGACCUAUUAA